AUGAAGCUGCCUGAUGCGGCACUUUCAAGAAGUCGAAGCACGUUUCGACCGAAACGCUUCAUCAGCAAAUUGCAUCCUUGGCAGUCGUCUUCGUCGUCGUCCAUCGACAGAGUUCAGAGUGGCGAAACAGAUGAGACUCUACCGGCGUACAUUACGCGAAGAAAGAAGCCAGAACGAGAACAACGCAACGGGACGGGAGACAAGAGCGAGAGGGAAACGGCAACCUCGGCGGCGCCACCUCCUUGCUCGUUGUUCUUCGAAUGGAAACACCUCGAGGGCAACACUAACGCGCCGUCGUCGUUGCGAUCAGCCGAAAGAGUUCAGUCACCACACAGUGCCAUCGCUGUUGGACCACACCGACUUGGCGAACAGCGGGUGGACGCGACUAAGCGGAGGAAGGAGGUACCGACAGCAAGCGGCGGCCGAGGCGAGUCAUUCAUUCAUUCACCGCAGCGAUCGAUACACUCAAACGAAAAGCACACGCACACGUCGACAGCCGUAGGUCUAACGUCGAAGCAACCGGCGAAAGCCGUCUACGACAUUCAAGGCCAGCGACAGUUCGGUUGCCAGAAGAAACUCAGUCUCGGGCAGGAACGCACCUCACUGAACACGUCGUCGCAGCCGACACUCAACGGAUGGAGUCGAAAUAGCCGUCUCGUAGAGCGUAGUCAGCCAUUUUACAGAAACAUCUGCGAUCACAGGCACCGUCAACAGAGUCGUUUACUCAAUAAAUCAGGUGCAGCUCUUCGCUCGGUCUUGCAAAGCUGCACAAGCGGCAGUCAAUCGGUCAGCAAUCGCGAGUCAAUGGUCAACGGUUGCCCAAGCGGCCUUCAUGGUCAACGGCAUUGGGCCCAUCCGCAGAUGCGAAUCACCUACCAGAGCCGUACGACAGACCCGAUCCCACGCCUUUCGGACAAAGCAUAG